AUGUUCCCUCCAAUCGUGGCCCUUCUGCUGGUUGGAGGGUCCUGCCUACUCAAACCCGUGCUGGGCUGUCCGGCCGGCUGUCGAUGCUACAGUCUCACUGUGGAGUGUGGCUCCAUCGGGAUCAAAGAAAUCCCACAGGGCGUUCCCAUGGUGACAGAGACUAUAUUUCUCCAGGACAAUGCGAUAACGCAGAUCCGGCUACAGGACAUGUCCCGUCUGGGCCAACUUCAUUACCUCUACCUGCAGAACAACAGUAUCUCUGCUUUGGAGCCCGGGGCCUUCUCCAGUCAGGGACAGCUCCUGGAGUUAGCCCUGAAUGGAAAUCUCAUCCACCUGGUCAGUCCAGAUAUGUUCCGUGGCUUGGAGCAUCUCCGUAUCCUCUACCUCGCCGGGAAUCAGAUCACCAGAGUGCAGGACUACACCUUUAGGGGGCUACAGCGUUUGCAGGAGCUCCACCUCCAGGAGAACAGUAUAGAGCUGCUGGCGGAGCGGGCUCUCACUGGUCUGUCCUCUUUGGCUCUGCUGGACCUGAGUCGAAAUCACCUCCGCACGCUGGGCUCCUCCUCCCUCACCCCUCUGGUCAGUCUGCAGGUGCUCCGAGUCACAGAGAACCCAUGGCGCUGUGACUGUGCACUGGGCUGGUUGCGUACUUGGAUCAGUGAGGAUGGACAGCGCCUGCUCAGCUCUGCAGAACAGCGGCGUCUUAUGUGCUCUGAACCCCCACGGCUCUCUCACCUCAGCUUAGUAGAGGUCGCCCCCAACAGUCUGGUCUGCAUCCCCCCUGUGGUCCAGCUCGAACCCAGCCAUUUGACGGUCCGCCUGGGGGAGAGUCUGCGAGUAUCCUGCCAAGCUUCUGGAUACCCCCAACCGCAAGUUACAUGGAAGAAAGCAUCCCAAGGCAAAGCGCAGCUAUCACCACGAGGUCUUGUCCAAGAAAUUGGACCCAACGGAGAUUUCUUCAAGCCUGGGACUGGCGGAGUGGUGACUGCCUUACCCAGCAGCAGUAAAGUUAAAGUCAGUAGUGUCCAGCUUAUCCGUGGGACAGAAGAAGGUGGAGAGAGAGACAGUUUUGACCCUGAUACGGGUAGUGGUAUGCUGUUCCUUAGCAACGUCACAGUGGCUCAUGCAGGUCGGUACGAAUGCGAAGCGUGGAAUCCCGGUGGUAUUGCUAAAGUGACCUUUCACUUAGCGGUCAAUAUGUCCUCUUCCUCAUAUUCCUCUCAGUUGUGGCCACGUCUCAACACGAACGCAUUCAUCUCCUCUUCAUCAAAUUCAUUCUUUCAGCCUGAGGUUUUGGACAUAAGCCAAGAACCCCUUUACGAGCAAGACAGUAUGGAUUUUAAUGCUUUAGGUCCUGCAACGCAAACUGCCAUCGCUGUUGGUAUCUCUUUACUGGCUCUCACCGCGGUUCUCCUGUUGAUCAUGAUAUACACUCGCCACCAACAGUUCCGCAAAGAAGAGGGCGGGAGUUGUUGUUCAGGAAAAGAGGAGGGGAUUCUGUACAUGAAUGAUUACUCAGAAGGACCUUCAAGCUUUGCUCAGUUGGAAGAAUAUCGCGAUGAUGACGGACAUGAGAUGUAUGUUUUCAACCGCUCAAAGUCCAAUCUAGGGACAGGGCCGUCAAGGUGCCACAUGGUCAGUGGGUUUGUCCAGCAGAAGGGGAUAAAGGAGGUGCUGCUGGAUCAUGAGGUAGUCCAGACUCUGAGCAGGUCUGGGGGGAUUGGGCUGAGGAGAAACCCGGGUGAUGGAGGAGAGGGACCCUUAACUACAGACCCAGAGGAGCUGUUCCUCAGUCAGAGCCUGCUGUUCGGGUCACAGGUGGCCUAUGAGAUUCACUGCUAA